AUGGAGAACCUCGCCGACGCACCCAUGCGCGCCGCCCUCGCCUCCGCCGCCGGCGGCUUCGACGAGGCCUGCACCGAGUUCAUCCGCGUCCCCUCCAAGGCCGACCGCCCCGCCGCCGUAAUCCGCGGCGUGACCGCCGGCUACUCCGCGCACGAGCUCGCGCCGUGGGGGGUCCCGCUGGGGGCCCAGAUAAUGGGGUCCGAGGUUAGGCUGAUGGCGGCGGCGGCGCGGCGGCUGGCGCUGGAGCUGGGGGCGCCGCGCGUCGACUUGAACUGCGGGUGCCCCGCCAACAGCGUCACGGGCAACGGCGCCGGUUCCACGCUGCUCAAGACGCCCGACCGCAUGCAGGCCCUCGUGGCUGCGCUGGUGGAGGCCGUCGAGGGCGCCGCGCCCGUGUCCGUCAAAAUGCGGUCCGGCUUCGACGACACGAGCCUGUUUGAGGACGCGCUGCUCGCGGCGCAGGCCGGCGGCGCCGCUUUCGUGACGCUGCACCCGCGCACCAAGCGGCAGGCGUACGCGGGGGGCGCUGACUGGUCGCUCGUGGCGCGCGCCAAGGCGCUGCUGGACAUUCCCGUGAUCGGCAACGGCGACGUGGUGGAUGCGGCGACUGCCAGGAAGCUGCUGGAGCUGACGGGCUGCGACGGCAUCAUGGUGGGGCGCGGCGCCAUCAGCGACCCCCUCGUGUUCCAUCGGAUCCGCGCCUCCUUCGCGGCAGACCAGGCGGCGGCGGCGGAGCGGCGGCGGCAGGAGCGGCAGGGGCAGCAGCAAGGUCAGGGGCAAGGCGGCGGCGGCGGCGGGCUGGGGUGGGAGCGGGACGUGUGGCCGGACGAGGCGGAGGCGGUUUGUAGCUUCCUGGAGCGGUACGCGUCAACAGGGCCGGACGGGCGGUACGAGACGGCGGCGGCCUACAGCGACCAGGCGCGGCCUGGGCGCCUCAAAAAGGCCCUGAAGUACCUCUUCUCGGGCUCUCCCAAGCUCCGCGCCGCCUGCGGCCCCCUGCUGCGCGCCCAAGUCGCUGAUGUCAGCGGCGGUCAGCUGCUUGCGCGCGCGCAGGAGCUUGUGCGCGAGCACUGGCGCCAGGGCGGCCCCGAGGACCCAGUUCUCGUCAACCAUAUGAGCCUCAAGGGGGCGUCCACGGUGCCGGGCGGUGCGGCGGCGAUGGUGGCGGCGUACGGCGAGCGGCAGUGGCAGCCCCUUGGCACGGCGGCGGGGGCAGGGGCGGGGGCGGGCGCGGCGGGUGGUGCGGCGGCGGCAGCGGCGGAUGCAGCGCCAGCAGCUGCUGCGGCGCCCGCAUCCGUGGCGCCGGCGCUGGUGCAGGCGGCAUGA